UGAUUUGCCAUUUGCCUUUGCGGUUGCAGUUCGUAUUCGCGGUUCCCCUCUGCCCUCGUCGCUGCUUCCCACUCGGAUUCCCUUGGCUCUUGCUGCUGCUCUUGCUGCUGCUGCUCUGAACAGCUCCCCCUUCCCUCCCUCGAUAAGCUCCUGCAUCCCCCGAGUUGCUUCCGCGCUCGCUUCCGUCGCCGGUCCCUCCGGCCUCCUGCUCGACUGCCCUGAACCGUCCUGGCCAUCCUGUUCCAUGCCCAGCCCCAUCCCGCCACCCCUUCCCCCUUCAUCGGGUCGCACCUCGGUCUCAUCCAAACGCUCAUCGACCACCUCCCAGCGGCCCCGUAUCCCAUCUCCGCCCUCCACCAUCGGUUCGCCGCGCAGGUCGCCCGUUCCCAGCCGACGCAGCACCACCCCUCCCUCUCCAAAGGGCGCGUCAAAGUGCUGCAACCACUACUCGGCCCGGCCUCAUCCGCCGAUUCCAAGUCCUCGUCUGCCUCGUUCUGCAAACCGGCUGCCUCCGUCGCCCGGCAUCGCAGGCCCAAGUCGCUCGCCACCACCCAUGCUUGCCGCACCGCCGCUGCUUCAGUACCAGAGUCUGCCGUGUUUGCAUUCGCUCGCCGCAACCAAACUCCCCGUCUCGACAUCACUGCUACGGGCUGUUGGUGCUCGCGGCCUGCCGAGGCCCAAGCCGUCAGCACCAAGUACCCGGGAAGUGCCUUCGCGGAUCCCUGUUCUGCGGAGGUCGGCUUCGGCCUCACUGAGUGUCACUCGCCGAAACUCGAAUACCUCGCCACCCGCACCCAGGCACCAUCACCGUGCUUGGUCAAGUCCUCUGCCGCAACCCCUGGCGAGUGCCAGCCUGGACGAGUCGCCUGCUCGUCGCUCUUCGAUCCCGCGACUACGACGGUAUCUCCAUUCGAUGAGCUGGCUGGCAUCGGCCUUUAACGACACCGCCAUCCCAGCCCGGAAAGUCGAGCCGGAACGCAUGUCUGCUGCCCAGCCUCCAGCAUCAGAGCCGCUCCCCUCGGACAACCUGACCUCUUCCUCCGGCAACGAAACCUCAAGCUCGGCCCCUCGCCCUCGCCCUGGUCUCGUCAGGUUCCUGGCGCGGAUCCUGUUCCAUAAUGUCAGCGUCCAUCUCCCAAGUUUUUCCAGGCUCAUCGAGUUUGUCCGUCGCCGCACCACCGAUCUGGUCCAUCAAAGCCCCGCUGCCCAGGCACUGUCGAGCCUGCUCGACAGCUCGCUCUGGAGCAGCUGGUUCCUGAAGGACACUGUUUCGCUCUGGACGGUGGUCGAGAGUGCGCUGCUGGUUGUGUGGUGUCUCCAUUUUGUCAAAAAGACCGGCCUCUCGCUCCCGACCGUCAUCAAGUACUGGCUUUCGCGGAGCUCGUCUCGUCGAUACAGGCGCCUGCUCAAGCAACGAUAGUCUCCCCGCCUGCCCACGCACUCGAGUACUUCCAAGAUCGGGGUUAAUUGCGUUUUGUUACUCCGUUGUUUUGUAAAGCUUGGUUCUGGGCCAGG